AUGUGCCCAUCGGCCAUCACGCUGACGGUGACGAGGGAGGAGCACCACUUCAUGGUGGACACCCACAACAACUCCUACCCGCUGUACUCCUGCUGGGAGGCCUGGCCGGACCUGGGCAUGAGGCGCAUCUACACCACCGUGCUCUUCACCCACAUCUACGUGGCGCCCCUGGCCCUCAUCGUGGUCAUGUACGCCCGCAUCGCCCUCAAGCUCUUCAAUAACGGCCGCCGUUGCCUUGCAGAGGACGCCCGGGGCCGCUACAUCUCGCCCUUUCACGACAUCCCCAUCUACGCGGAUGGCACUGAGAACGUGUUCAACAUGGUUGUGGAAGUACCUCGGUGGACAAAUGCUAAAAUGGAGAUUGCAACGAAGGAUCCCUUGAACCCAAUUAAGCAAGAUGUGAAGAAAGGAAAGCUGCGCUACGUAGCCAACGUGUUCCCCCACAAGGGUUACAUCUGGAAUUACGGAGCCAUCCCCCAGACUUGGGAAGACCCGGGUCAUAAAGAUGAAAAUACUGGCUGCUGUGGAGAUAACGAUCCGAUUGACGUGUGCGAAAUUGGAAGCAAGGUCUGCUCUCGAGGAGAGGUGAUCAAGGUGAAGGUGCUGGGCACGCUGGCGCUGAUUGACGAGGGGGAGACGGACUGGAAGAUAAUUGCUAUCAACACUGAGGACCCCGAGGCAGGCAGCUAUAAUGAUAUCAGUGACGUCAGGAGGCUGAAACCUGGGUACUUGGAGGCUACCGUGGACUGGUUCAGAAGGUACAAAGUCCCGGAUGGAAAGCCCGAAAACCAGUUUGCUUUUAAUGGUGAAUUUAAGGGCAAGGAUUUUGCACUGAGCGUUAUCAAAAGCACUCAUGAGCACUGGAAAGCUUUAAUAGCUAAAAAAACAGAUGGAGGGGAGAUCAACUGCACAAACCUGACGGUGUCAGACAGCCCUUUCUGCUGUAGUCAGGAGUGCGCGAAAGCUACUGUGGAUGCGGCGCCGCCCUGCAAAGCUGCCAACGCGAUCCCACCCGAAGUCGACAAGUGGUUCUACUACCAGCAGAACUGAGGGUGGCAGCGCGUGCAGCAGCAGCCGCCC